CUGCGAAGUAAUGAAGUGAGUAAAAAUAUCUCGCUGAUGAUAAUGGAUGACUUGAGGACACAGCUGCCAGUCUGGGCUGACGUGGUACUGAAAGAUAAAGAAGCAGCGCAGUACAUUUCUGGUAUUGCAGUACAUUGGUAUGCCGAUUUUGUGCCUGCUUCACAGCUCGCUGAAACGCAUAAUCGUCAUCCGGAUAAAUUUAUUCUUGCAACUGAGGCGUGCAAUGGAGCGGAACCUCUGGAGCACAGCCCGUUACUCGGAGACUGGUCACGUGGCGAUAAUUAUGCACACGACAUCAUUGAAGACUUGUCCAACUGGGUGACUGGAUGGACCGACUGGAAUCUUUGUCUCGAUCUGAAGGGUGGGCCAAACCUUGCCAAAAACUAUGUAGAUGCACCAAUAAUCGUAAAUGCAACAGCUGACGAAUUUUACAAACAGCCCAUGUUCUAUGUUCUUGGACACUUCAGCAAAUUCAUUCGCCCGGGUUCAGUUAGAAUUGGACUGCACUUUUAUUCGAAGCCUAUUUCGUACGAAGGAGUCGCAUUCUCCACACCGACGUUACAGCGAGUCCUUGUGCUUCUCAAUCGUCGUACUAAGCCGAUGGCUUUCUCGGUUGAAGAUGAAGCUAUUCCUGGAAAAGCAUUGCGCAUCCACAUGGAGCCGAGAAGUAUUGCCACCAUCGUCUGGAAUAAAUAA